CUGAAAAUAACAUGAUGACUUUGCUCAAGAUGGCUUUGAUUCUCUUCGCUGGUCUUCAAGGCUGUGCUCUGAAUUCGGCUUUCCACAUCGAUGGUUUGCAAAGUAUUCCAGAUGCCCUGAGAGCUACUGAGGAUGUCUGCCAGGACUGCACCCAACUAUUUGAACUCCUUGCUGACCUGUUUUCCAAAGCUGACCUCCAGAAAAAGAUGAUGGAUGGCAUUGAAAAUCUGUGUGACCACCUGCCCGGACCAGCGACUGCUGCUCUCUGCAAAGAAGAGGUGGAGAAGAUGCUUCCACUGGUCAUCAACUUCAUUGCUGGGGUCGCAAAACCAGCAGAGGUCUGCAAAGUCAUCGGACUCUGUGGCUCCUUUGACACGCAGCAGAAGAUGAUCAGUCAUUUGGACAAGGAGGCCCUUCAGGUGCAGACCAGCACACCAUGCUACCUCUGUGUUUUCAUUAUCCAGAGAUUGGAGGACAUGAUCUCUAAAGACUGGACUGAGGAGGCCGUGAUCAAGCUGCUGGGGGAGAUGUGUCGUGUCUUGCCUUCCUCCUACCGAGACCAGUGCGAGGCCGUGAUUGGCAGGUUCAGCAAGGCGGUGCUGGAUGCAAUCCUGAGCUACGCCACCCCGCAGGCCGUCUGCGCUCUCAUCCAGCUGUGCCAGGUGCAGGAGGCUCCUCUCGUAGACCCAUGCACUUGGGCAACCUACAGGUGCAGAGAUGUGACUACUGCCCUCAAAUGUGGAACGGUCUUCUACUGUCACAAAUUUGCCUGGAAGCCUCUCAACACACUUUAAAAUGUUACGGGUGGACCCAAAAGCUCAGUGUCCCCAGGGACGACCCAGAUGUUUCAACAUUAAUCAUACUGCGUGACACCUGUGGCAUUGCUUUCCGAUUUGAUAUCCAACUAUAUUUUGGGAUUUUGCCUAGUUACAUUUUUUUUGAAGUUUUCACAAAUAUUCUGAAACUUGAUGAGAAUUGUACCUUUUAAACUUGUACUAACCUCCAUAUAAAGGUCGCAGAGCUUCA